CUGCGCACUCCAUGUCUCAGUCACUUCACAUCUCUCCUUUUUAGGCCAAACACCACCCCCCCACCAGCCCCUGCGCUCCCCCUAAAAAUAGAAGCAGCAGCAUGCAAUUCCCCACACCUUCAAACAGAUCAUGAAGCUGGUGGUGCUCACUGCUCUCCCGGCCCUGCUGAUCACCAAUCACCAGAUGAUGGGCCUAUGAGUGAACCAGCAGCCUGCAGCAACUGUUACUACUACCGCCACCGCCAGCACUGGGAAAGAACUCAAGAAGCCAAGCCUCCAAUUCGCCAUCAGCGAGAUCGAGCUCGGCUGUGCUAAUUCCACCCAAAGCUAGCUGAUCCAUGGACAUGUCGCCGAACCCCGACAGCCCCUCGUCGGGAGGGGGCAACGGCGGCAUCGGGUCGAGCAGCGGCGGCGCGUCGCCGUCCGUUGGUUCGAUGACGCCGCAGUCGCCGAGCCGGUACGAGGCGCAGAAGCGGCGCGACUGGAACACGUUCGGGCAGUAUCUGCGGAACCACCGGCCGCCGCUGAGCCUGGCGCAGUGCAGCGGCGCCCACGUCCUCGAGUUCCUCCGCUACCUGGACCAGUUCGGCAAGACCAAGGUGCACGGCCCGGCGUGCCCUUUCUUCGGCCACCCGAACCCGCCGGCGCCGUGCCCCUGCCCGCUCCGCCAGGCCUGGGGCAGCCUCGACGCCCUCGUGGGCCGCCUCCGCGCCGCCUUCGAGGAGAACGGAGGCCGCCCGGAGUCCAACCCCUUCGCCGCGCGCGCCGUCCGCCUCUACCUCCGCGAGGUCCGCGAGCACCAGGCCCGCGCCCGCGGCGUCAGCUACGAGAAGAAGAAGCGCAAGAAGCCGCAGCAGCUGCAGGCAGGCGACGGCAGCGGCAGCCUCCACGGCCACCCCCACCAGCCGCCGCCCCCGCCGCCCGCCGGCGCCGCCUGCUGAGCUCGAUCUGGUCGACCGACGGCUCGAUCGCGCGCCCAACCACGCUCUCCUAUUUGGCCGGUACGGUAUGCCAGAUUGAGCUCGAGCAUCUACAUAUUUUAUGUAUCGUUCAGUUCGCGUACGAUGAAUGCAUGCAUGGCAUGUGCUUUGGCACCACCAGUAGUGGGUGCUGCUGCCUGCGUGUACUGCAUUGCAGCUUGUGUGUUUAAUUCGAUUGGCUUUAGCUCUGGUGUUGUUUAUUAGUCGGUCUAUUUGCUUGUAGCCUUGUAGGAGUGAGCAAGUGUUUGCUGUACUUCGAAUAAGAGGAUCGGAGUGUGUCCUUUGAGGUCUAGCUAGGGACAGGGAGAUACAUAUAUGGAGAUCUCUCUAGCUGUUUGUGGAAGAUUUGAAAGCCCCUCUGUGUUUGUGUGUGUCCAGUGUCCGUCCGUCUAGACAUGCAUGUGUCAAUCGAUUCUGGCAAGCAGCAGCAUCUCUUGUU